AUGGUUCAAAACCCCUUAUUGUCAAAGUACUACAACGUGUGUCCAAUCCAACAAACGUUCCCAGACCAACUACCUCCCAAUGGGGACUACCAUACUCUUCUGCGUACCCAGAUUUACGACUACUUCCUUUCAGUCGGAAUGCUCAGCUGUGGGCAAGCUCUUCUCAACUCCGACUGUAAUCUCCGACACGAAGUGAUGGAUUACGCAGGCCAACAAUCCACUGCUGAGCUGCAUGAUGCCAUACCCUCUUUAUUGGACUCGGAUUUUGGGAGCUCACAUUCAUCACGCAGUGAACGACCAUAUCUUGCAGUACCAGAGGAUCGAUCAAGAUCUCAAACGGAGCCGGCGCUUUUGUAUCAAUGGUUUUGUACCUUCUGGGACACUUUUAAUUCCACUCAGAACGGUACUGCAAGAAUACCAAUGCAAAACUGCUUAAACUUCCCGCCAAACUUGUCUCAAGACCCUUUCGAGUCUCAGUCAAUGAUAUGGCGAGACUCUGUAGAAUUCCAAUCGACCGAUCACCCCGCACAGCGAUACAGCAUCGAUGGCAUCUAG